AUGUCUACGGUUGACCUGGCAGUGGUUGGCAAUGGCAUGUUUGGUGCCCUCGUGGAUGAGACCGGGCGCUUCGUUUGGUGUUGCAUGGACACCUUUGGAGGCGAUCCGGUCUUCAACUGCUUGGUCAACAACAACUCUGACAAGACGGGCUUCUAUGAUGUGGUGCUAGAAGACUUCCACCAAUCCGAACAGCUCUAUGAAGGUGCCAGCACGGUGCUCAUCACAAAGCUAGGUACGAGCAAGGAUGAUGUGGUGGAGAUUCGAGACUUUGCCCCGCGCUUCAUACAUUAUGACCGAAUCUUUCGACCUUUCCAGCUGAUCCGCUUGGUUCGACGCUUGAAGGGGGAUCCUCGCAUCUCUAUCCGCAUUCGGCCCACCUUCCAGUACAACUCCACGGAUGGAUAUCAAACCCGCGGUUCGCAGCAUGUCCGGUUUUGUGGUCCCAAGCUCACUUGGCGAGUUACAACCAACAUGCCCAUCCGUCGGGUGAUCGAAGAGACGCCCUUCCUGGUUGGUGAUGAGCCGGUCAUCAUCGUUUUUGGUAGCGACGAGUCCUUUACGAAUUCUCUGUCACAGGUGGCGCUUGAAUUUGAGACAAAGACUGUGAACUACUGGAAGCAAUGGUGCAACAACUUGACGUUGCCAGUGGAAUUCCAGCAGGUCCUGAUGCGUGCUGCGAUGACAUUGGCCAUGAACCAAUCUGAGGACUGCGGUGGCUUCUUGGCCGCCUUAUCUUUGGGUUUGCCGCUGGGGCCCUUCAGCCCAUCCACCAGAGAUUUGAGGGUGUGUCGCCUGCUGGAUGAAUGCCUGGCAUUGCCUGUUCUCAGGGACUUAGGUCUGCUGGAGCUCUGCAAGAAGUUCUUAAGCUUUGCCAAGGAGAUUUGCUACCGAGAAGAAGCUCCCCAACAUGCCUACAACUCCUGGGGUGCCGCGCAGGAUACGAAGCGGGAGCUUCUCGGAGCCAGUUGA